ACAGAAGAAAGGAACAGUUUGUCCCACCGGCGUUUUACUUAGCCGCAGAAGGUCGUCGGCAGCUGGGCGAUAAUUCACCAUAAUCAAAACCAAAAUUAGUAUAAAUAAUUUAACUUUGCUGUAAGUUUGGGGCUCGAAACGCGGAGGGAUGUGAGUAUUGCUGAACUGACAGCAGGACGCGGCUGUACGUCGCGUUUGUUCGGGCUCGUUAUGAAACCGUGCUAGCUAACGUUCGCUAACGUUAGCAGUUGACUGCCGUAACUAACGCUAGUUACGGUGACAGCUCCGAAAGCGGCCGGAGGCGCGAUUCAAGUGAACGUAGUCCACUAGUUUUUCUUGCAAGGCCAAACUAACGCUACGUGUCAUUUUAUAAACCCGAACUGAAACAAGGGGUUUUGGAGUGGAACCUUGAAUCCCACCGUCCCCGGUCUUGGAACAGACCCCGGGCUCAGCUUCUCAGACCCAGGACCUCUCUUCCUAGAACUGAGUGGCUGGUUUGAUGGCAGCCGCGGCCAGUGCCCGGCGGUUACCCAUGGGUGUGCGGACAUUCAGUGACUUUCUCCAGAUAGCCACUGUGGGCUCCCCUCGCUCGUGUCGUACAGCGGUGCCAAGAGGAUGCCUGCGACAAAACAUCAGACACUUGUCAUCAUGUGGCAUUUUGAUGACAAGAACUCCCAGACUGCUUUGCCUUCAAGACUGGGACACAAUGGCAACUGUUCCCCAAAGCAGAAACUUCAUCAGCCUCACCAACAAAAGGAAGGAGUACUCCGAGCGUAGGAUACUUGGGUAUUCUAUGCAGGAAAUGUAUGAUGUGGUGGCCAAUGUUGACGAGUACAAGCACUUUGUGCCCUGGUGUAAGAAGUCGCAGACCAUCAUGAAAAGAGCAGGCCACUCCAAAGCCCAGCUUGAAGUGGGAUUCCCUCCAGUGUUGGAGAGAUACACAUCUAUGAUCACUAGCGUCCGGCCUCAUCUUGUCAAAGCAGUGUGUACAGAUGGAAAGCUGUUCAAUCACCUGGAGACAAUAUGGCGCUUUAGUCCUGGCAUUCCCGGUUACCCUCGCACCUGCACGGUAGACUUUUCUAUAUCCUUUGAGUUCCGCUCUUUGCUGCACUCCCAGUUAGCCACCAUGUUCUUCGACGAGGUUGUGAAGCAAAACGUCGCAGCGUUUGAGCGGCGCGCCUGUAAGCUGUACGGCCCAGAGACUCGUAUCCCACGGGAACUGAUGUUUCACGAGGUGCAUCAGACGUGAUCUUAGCAGCUGUAUGUCCUCAUCUGGCCUUAAACCAUACCAACUGUUAUUACUCUAUCCACACAAACCUGCAUGAUGCUGCAUAAUCACCGCCCCUCCCCAUUUCAAGUCUCCACCGCUACAUAGACAUCACAGUGGCUCCUGAAGACAUUAGACAUCCAGCUCUUGUAAGCAUUAUGUUUGCAAUAUUAACAAAUCUUCUUAUUCCAGCUACAACAAAUUCUGGCUCAUCUCCCUCCUUCUUGUGUUAAGUCUGUCCACUUUCUGUCUACCUCCACUGAAGGGAUCCUUGCUUAGCAGAAGGAACCCACCAUUGCUCUUGCUCCAUAGCAGUUACAAGCUGUAUUUAUGUAAACAAAACAGUAAAUCAUUGCAACAUCUUGUUACCAAUGGUAGAGAGUCGACUAUUAUUUUAAGUGAACAGCACAGUGACACUGAACAAAACACCCUUUUUAUUAUUAUUUUUUUAAAUAGAAGGCACAGAGGCCCUUUGAUCCAGACUCCUGCUCAAGUCUUACAGUUCACUGUGACCUCAAACUCGUCACACUGACAAUCAAGUCAGUUAAGUGUCCAACGUUUAGUUACGUUUCCGCAGAUGUCAGCUGGUUAUACUGUAUUAGGAAAACAUAUUUUUUGCCUUUACUUUUUACCACUUACUUUUAUUUCAAAUGGAAGUUUUAGUAUAUUGUUUAACAUAUAGUAGUGAACUUGGUGCAAAAUGAUAUUUCAUUUCAUAUUUCUUUUCAUUUCCUUUUUAAUUUAUUUAUCCGUGGUUAUAUGCAAACGUUCAUUGUUUUAUCGGGAUCCAAGUUAAAUGUGCCAUGUUUGGGACGUUGAGAGUGUUGUCGCUGUAUGUUGUGACAAGAUCAGUGAAGUGCAACAUUUUGCGAAGGGAAAAUUGUCGUUUCUUCAUUAGUUAGCUGUGGCCUCAAUUAACCUAGAGGUUUGGGAAAUUUAGCUUCAGCUUGGCUGUUGUUGUGCUGUGAGGAUUGUGUUUUUGGACACUGAGACUUGGCCUGCCAUUUUUAAAAAUGCCUUAUUUUACAGCCCAGCACUAGUAGUAACCAUUCGGCCAUUAAUAGAGCUGGGGACAGUUUAACUUUGCACAAACAAGAGCACCUGACUGAAUCCAUGGACAGGCCGGAGAGUACUGUGAAAUGCUGUGAACGGGAUUACAGACCAUGUAGGUUCACUUUAUAUUUGGAUUUGCAUAUUCUCAAAAUUGAAGUUUAGACUUGAAGAUGCUAUUUCUAGUGCCACUUUAAAUCAUGGCAAAUUUAUUGAUUAACGUGAUUAGGUCACGGUUAGAAUAAUCCUGUUGAUCACUGCAGUGAAAGCCAGUGAUUUGUAACAGAUGUGGAAGUUUCCCUUCUCUGCGUUCUGUGUUUUGUGGUCCAUCUUCUGGAGGUCAUACGGAGGAUGUUACUCCUGUCAUGUACUUUGUUAGUAUAAAAGACACUGGUGGGCUGUAGAAUAAAACAUUAUCAUUUAUCUUUGUCUGUGGGUUUCAUGCUUAUUUUUGAAAGGUUUCGCUUUUAUUUAUAUUCCUUAUGAUGCAUGGAUGUUACUAGCAAAGAGGCAAAUAUAGACAUGUUUUUAGGUUUUACGUGUUGCAUUGUUAAGACAUGACUACAUUUUGUUGGGAUUAGUAUUUCAUAUCGUAUAAGUAGCCCUUUGCUUUAUUCCACGAUAAAGGGCUCACAAAGUCAACUGAUUGUAUCUGCCAUAUUCUAAGGGUGAUACGUUCAGGGUGUCAAAGGUCAACGGAAGCAGUCAUUCAUUGUGUGACCUUCCACAGAACAGGCGGUUCAUUUUGCUCCAAGUCUCAUACUCCAACAGAACUGAACUGUGGUUCAGCAUUUUCAAAGCUGGAUUUUGGCUUCAAAGUUGAUGUUUUUUUUUUCUCUGUUAAUUAGGUGAUUUGGAAAUGAAGGGAUAUUUAAUCAUCAAUGCAUGAAGAAUGUUAAAUCCAAGUGGGCCUGUGAAUUGCUGUUACUUUAAGAAAAAAAAAAAUCAGUCAAACUCAUUAAAAGAUUUUUAAAUGCCAUUUUUGAGUGUUAUAUUUUUAAGCAAUAAAACAGAUUGCUUAUUUUAUACCAUACUGUCAUGCUAUCGAGUGAUCAGACCUGAUGUCCCAUCAUUCAUUCAUCUUCACCAUUACUCUUUUUUUGUGCAUGUUGUGUUCAUCAUGCUGCGUACAGAUAUAAUUUCAUGCCAAGUUGUAUUAUUGUAGGUGCCAAUACUCUGUAAAUCAGAAACAAAAGAAAAUAUUUUAAGAGAGGACAUAAGAACAGAAGAAAUAUUAUUCGUAUUACACUAUCACCUCAGCGCUCCUCCUCCUCCCACAGUAUAUUUCCACAUUAACAGUCAAAUUUCAGGUGUACGAUUGACCCUCGGUCUAAUAGUUGUGGCCUGGUAUGUACAUAGGGAUGUAGAUACAUAACUAUCACUGACUGAGGAGUCGCUGCGAUGGGAAAUAUUGUGCCAUCAUUUUGCAAUCCUAUCACAUUUUAUGUUGCAAGCUCAAAUGUAUCUUUGUAAAUACUGUGGGUGUAUUUUAAAGCUUUGUUAUUUAAAUAAAAAAAGCAGGUGUAACUUA